GGCGUGUGGCGAUGCGUUUCCACAAGCUGGGGAUGAUGCGGGAGGAGUGCGUCGUCAGCGUUCGUCACUCUAGAUAGCAUUGCGAGCUUGGUCCAUCAGGUUUCUUCAACGGUGCCGCGUGUGUGCGUGUGCGUGUAGGACUCUCGCUAGAAUCUCAUGGCGAUAUCCUCCGCAAUUGCACGCUGCGAUCUUGGAAGCCGAAGUGUCGCAUCUCCGGCCUCUAGCACCAAGGCUGCAGUGUUUGAUUCUUAUGCGCCCCGGUGCAUUGUGAGAUGUUGUUCUUCUGAGAGGGGAUUAGGUGACAACAAGCAGGUGACAACCACCUCCGAGCCGUCCCGAUUGGAAAUUGUAUCUUGUGAUUCGAGCAAUGAGACUCGGCUUCUGAGCGUCGCUCCUCUCUUGGCGCUCGCCGCGCUGCCUGGCGCCGGCGUCGUUACGGAGCUGUUCGAGCCAUUCGGAGAGCUUGUCAGAAACUGGAACUUGCCAGAAUGGAUAGUACAUUGGGGUCACCCAGCGAACAUGGCGGUGGUGUUGUUCGCUAUGGGUGGCUACGGCUCCUACCUGGGUUGGCAAAUCCGUCUCAGCUCCAAUGGGACAGUGAAGGCUGCCGCCAAAGACCUUCACCCUAAGAUCCUCGGUGGCAUGUUCUUCUUCUUCUCCGCCGGCGCAGUUGGAGGCAUCACAUCGCUCGUCACAUCCGGCAAACCAAUUUUUGAGAGUCCCCAUGCCGUAACAGGUUUUUUGGGCCUUGCCCUUCUCAGCGUGCAAACAGCCGUCUCCACCCAAUUUCAGGCGAAUCCGGAUUUGCGAAACGUGCAUGCCAUUCUCGGCACAGGAAUCAUGGCUUUGUUCCUCCUCCACGCAGUGUUUGGGCUUCAGCUGGGGCUCAGUUAGCAACUGUAACGAAAGAAUUUGCUUCAGUUUCUUAAUGUGACUACCAUUCAAACGAAAAAUCCAUGUAAUUCUCUAGCGUCGGUGGGAGUACUCUGCUGCAUCGGACAACAAUUAUUCCCCUAAAAUUCUGAGAAUGCUUUAAGUAACCACUUGUGGGUUUCCGCUUCAAGCACCCAAGGCUUCUACAAGUUCUGCUUCCUUUUUCGUAUGUCUGGAUGCUUUUUUACACAUGAUAUAUCCAAAGCCCUUAAACGUUACCUUCCA